AAUUUAAAUUAAUUGAAUCUCUCGUUUCUCUAUAGCUGGCCCAAUGACUAUAUCUCCGAGUGAUUGAACUCCUUAACUUGAUCAUGGUUGCUGUAAACAUUACUUAUCGGCAGCCUCCUGAGACAUUUGGGCGGCAGGAAUAUUUCUACGUCAUUGGGCCGAUAACUCUCCAGAUAACGACCAGCACAGGAAACUAUGGGAGCAAUGAUCCGCCCGAAAGGCCCAUGCCGCCCACAUUUGCAACAGUUAUCGAUGAUCGCAUAUCCCCUAUUCAUGGAGGAACCAUCAGUCAAAUAUCACGUGCUUAUCCUUUCAUCGUUGCUGAGCUCCCUGGUUGACUAAUUGCAGAGGAGAAUCACCUGCCUGGAACUCGAUUCAAUCCGGUUUUAUACGCUCCUUACAGUCGCAUGAGGGACGGAAGCAACCAACGUCGCGAAAUGAUAUAAAGCGACCUGGGCCAAACCCCCAUUGCGGGCAUUAUUAAUUCACCAUGGGCUUCUCAAUGCGAAGAUGGCGAGCCGUGGCUUUGAUCGCAAUAUUUACGAUUUUUGGGAUAUACCACCUAACGGCGUCAAGUCGCCAAUGGACCCAGCCCACGAUAUCACCAAAACCGAACGCACCAAAACCCAGCGCCGCAUCUAACACGACACCAAACACCCCGCCGAAGACCCCGCCGAAAACUGCGUCUGACGGGAGCGGGAAAACCCACUGGGAGAAACGACCAGAGCGAUACCCAGUCCAAUCUGUCCAGCCUCUACCACAGGGGACACCGAAACCCAUACCCUCUAUCCAGGCCAAAGCACCGGUCCUUGAUGGGGGAGCCAACGUGGAACGCAAGAAGCGCCUUGCUGCUGUCAAGGAGAGCUUCGACCAUAGCUGGGCUGGAUACAAAAAACAUGCGUGGCUACAAGACGAGGUUGUCCCCGUUAAGGGGGGAGCUAGGAAUACACUCGGUGGCUGGGCAGCAACGCUCGUUGACUCCCUCGACACGUUAUGGAUAAUGGGCUUAGAGGAGGAUUUCGCAGAAGCUGUGGAGAGUCUGGAUCAGCUGGACUUUUCGUAUACGGAGGCGACAACCAUCAACGUCUUUGAGACUACGAUUCGCUACUUGGGAGGAUUCCUGGCAGCCUACGAUAUAAGUGAGAGGAAAUUCCCGAAGCUUCUGGUUAAGGCAGUGGAAGUUGCAGAGUUACUCAUGAGCUCCUUCGACACUCCAAACCACAUGCCAGUUGUCCGCUGGAACUGGCUCGAGUACGUGAAUGGUGAGGCUCAAGUAGCCCCCUUUAAUAUGGUCGUCGCGGAGCUGGGUUCGCUGUCCCUCGAGUUUACGCGCCUCAGCCAGCUGACCAAGAACCCGAAAUACUACGAUGCGGUCCAGCGCAUCUCCGAUAUGCUAGAAGAGCACCAGUCCAAAACCCUUCUACCGGGAUUGUGGCCCAUAGCCGUCGAUGCCGGGACACCAGCCUUCGAUAGAGAUAAUGCCUUUACGCUUGGCGCCAUGGUCGACUCUCUCUAUGAGUACCUGCCAAAGCAAUACAUGCUACUAGGUGGGCUCCUCGAGCAGCCAAAGAAGAUGUACGAGAAAUUCAUGCCGGUCGCCAAGAAGCACCUCUUCUUCCGCCCCCUCAACCCAGAUAACCUCGACAUCCUAGUCUCUGGCGAGGUUCGGGUCACUGGCAAACCACCCGUGUACGAGCUCAAGCCAGAAGGCCAGCACUUGACCUGCUUCGUAGGAGGCAUGAUCGGCAUGGCCUCAAAGAUCUUCAAUCGCCCAGACGAGCUCGCGAUAGCUGAGAAGCUAACCAACGGCUGCGUAUGGGCAUACGAGUCUCAAAUCCACGGUGUCGCACCAGAGCUCUUCCGCUUGGUGCCAUGCAACAACUCCACAAACCCCACCUGCCAGUGGUCCGAGGAGGCGUGGCACGCAGGGAUCCCGAGCCUGCCUUCCGACGUUGCAGCUGCUCAAAAGAAGAUCAUGAACUACAGGCUCGCGCCAGGCUUUACGUCGUACCCGGAUCCGACAUACCUUCUUCGCCCGGAGGCUAUCGAGUCCGUGUUCAUGAUGUACCGGAUCACGGGCGACCCGGCGUGGAUGGACAAGGGAUGGCGUAUGUUCCAGUCGAUCGAGAAGAUCACACGGACGUCCAUUGCUAAUAGUGCGAUUGAUGAUGUAACGAAGCCGAAGCCGAAGAAGAUCGAUAGCAUGGAGAGCUUCUGGCUGGCAGAGACGUUGAAGUAUUUCUACCUGCUCUUUAGCGAGUUCGAUGUUGUGAAUUUGGAUGAGUGGGUGUUGAACACUGAAGCUCAUCCGUUUAAGAGGCCGGUGUAGGGAUAUGAGCUAGAAGGCUCUGUGUUUGAACUGCUUUGUGUGUACUUGGGGCGUUGGAAAUGGGAUGGUCAGUCGUGUGCCUCACACUAAAAAAAGUUAAUACCGGGGCCUACAGGCCACUUGGGAUAGAUGGACUAUUGGGAUAAAUUGGAAAGGGGCUGGGUAGGAAUUGAAUCAAGGCAUAGGAGCUGUGAACACAUGCGUUUUCUCCAUGAGGCAGCAUUUAUUUACUAAUCCGUAG